AUGGAGCAAUGCGGGAGCGAGGUAGCAGCAGACCCUGCAGGCUGCCCCUCGCUGCCAGCUGGUAGCGCUCCACCCUGGCAGCCUGCGGCUUUCCAUCAAGAUGCGGGCCAGGCUGACGUGGCGGGGGUGGCUCAGCAGCCUGAGAGUGGUUCUCCUGCAGAUUAUCACCGCAUCUUUCUGAAAGACGGGGGUGGUCUGUCGAGCACUCUGGAUUGGCAAGUGCCUCCGCCUGGAGCUUUGCGGGACCCAUUGUCUGCGGUGCGCAAAGCAAUUUGGUCUUCCAUGCCGAAAGAUGCUUGCUGCCGGGCGGCCGCGCUGUGUGGCAAGACCUUGGAGCAUCCGUUCUUCACUGACUCAGAGGUGCAUUUGAUGCAAUUGGCCGAUUGUUCAGCCUUGGGUAUCGAUUCGGCUUGGGCAUUGGAGUCCUUUGAACUCACUCCGUACAAGUUCAAUCUGCUGGAAAGUUUGGCUCUGCGUAUGGAUGAUCCGGAUGUUGCUCUGUGCAAAGUGCUUCGGCGCGGGGCGCCUACGGGAGUACGGGAGCCAAUCCCUGCAUCUGGUGUUUGGCCACCUUGUUCUGGCAAAUGGGGUGACGAGGUGGCUGAGGCUUGCGAUUUGUUCUGGUGCACCUCCAAUCACAUUUCUGCAGAACAGGAGCCGGCGAAAGUUCGGGGGAUGUCGGCAGUACAACAGCGAUUCCCGGAUGGUUCCUUGGCAAUUGGCAAGCUGGGGCUCGUGACGUGCGCUGGAAAAGAAGACCGGCUCAUUGGCGACUCCCGCGCCAGUGGGGCGAGCCCGGCGGCCAGAUUCCUUGAGCGGGCGGAGGUGCCUUCGCUUUUCUUGUUCACUGCUGCGCUGAACAGGUUCGCCGCUUGGCGAGGUGUGGCGGUGGACCCCAAAGAGUGGGUGUUGUUCAGCGUGGACAUCAAGGGGGCUCACAAAUCUAUUCGUACGGCUGCUGAAGAUGUGGGCUUUUCGGUUUUCUCACUUGAAGGACAAUUCUACGCAUACGUGGUCAACCACUUCGGGGCCGCGUGGUCGGCGUAUUGGUGGUCGAGGCUUUCUGCUUUGCUGUUACGAACCAUACACUUCCUGGUGCGCCACCGCCACCUGGGGGCGGUUUAUGUGGAUGAUUUUCUAUUCCUCCUGCCGCGGGGGGCGUUCGCGAUGCUGGUGGUGCUGGUGCUGGCUAUUUUGCAAAUCUUGGCUGUGCCAUUGUCCUGGCGUAAACUGGCAUUGGGUUCCGAGUUGACCUAUUUGGGAUGGCAGUUGUCCUUGCAUUCUGGUUUCUGGGCGUCCUUGCCGGAAAGCAAGCAAGCGAAGGUGCUUAGGGAGCUGGCUUGGUGGAGGUUGCAUCCGCGACGGGUGCCUCGGAAGAAGCUCUCUCAGCUCUUGGGGUUUCUGCUUUGGGCGACUCAAGUGCGACUCGCAUUGCGAGCUUUCCUUGUCUGCGAUGCAGUGGAGGAGACCUGCGAGAAGUACGAGUCAGACCGCACGGCCGGCUACUACGUGGACAGUGCCGGAGCGCCAGUCUCUGAUGAAGUUGACAAGAAGCCAACCAGUCCACCGGCAGAGGAGGACGACGGAGUAGAGGUUGCAACUGAUGAGGAGGAAGAGGAAGCAGCUCCAGAGGAGAUUAAAGACGAGUGGGGAGGUGCUCUCGUGAACACAAGCUUCUCGAGCCUGACCACGAUAAAACAGGGAUUCCAGUCUGCUGCUGCAAGAAGCGAUAUUCAAAAGGGGUGGCGUUUGCACGCUGUGGGUGGCAAGACAGUUGAUUGUGUCAUCAAUGCGCGUCGUCUGCUGCAACAGCCCCGAACGAUCACGGGCAAGAUUUGGGUCCGGUUUUCGGCAUGGACUCCCUGUGUGGAUCUGGAUCCGGUUUCGUUGUCCUCGUUGCACACUUUACAGCGGGUGUUUUGCACCAACAGCUUCUCUUGGGCCGGUGAGAGGGUGGCUGAGGACGCUGCGGCGGAUGCCUGGGCCGGGUCUGCUCUCUCAGGCAUAGGAGGUUGGUUUCGGGCCUUGGAGUCAAACAAACUGUUUUGGUUCCACCUGGAAAUUGAGCAGGGCCAAUUACCCGAUCUUUGGCAGUGGCCGGAAAAGAUGCAAGCAGCUAUAUGUGCUCUGGAGCUUUUAGCGCAGCUGGCUCUGGUUCUGGCUCGCGCAAAGGUUGAUGGGACCGCUCAGUUGCAUUGUGUGCGCUUGCGACAAUAUGGCGACAACAUGCCAGUGGUCGCGGCUUGCAGUAAGGGCAUGUCCACUGCGCCCCCGCUGUGCUUUGCGCUGAUGGCCUUGGCUUUUGCGGCUUUGGAGCUACAAGUGGCCUUGGAGCUGUCCCAUGUGGCAGGCGAGCGGAAUGAAGAGGCUGACUUGCUAAGUCGUUUGAACCACCCAGAAGCGAAGCCAUUGCCCUUGGUCAUGAGGGCCAAGUUCCCUGAAGCAAAUCGGGUGCGUAUAACCUUGGCGGACGUGCUGGCCCCGUGGUACAAGUUCAUGCACACCGCGAGCGCCGCCAGCACCGUGAGCGCCGCGAGCGCCACGCGUGCGGCGGUGCGGUGUGGGGAUGAGAGCGUCAGCUCCGUUUUUCCGCGCCGUCCGGUCACUGCCCUGCACCGUCUUCCGCUGCUGGCGGCGCACUGCGCAGCCUUCGUGGGGCUUCGCCGGAGAGCCAGGCGCCAGGUCCGCUGUGCUCUUGGCGUUUCGCUGGACGGCCAAGAGUGGCGAGUGGUUUCGCUUGGCGGCUCGCCGAGGAACAGCGGCGCGCCACGCAAAGACUUCCCGCGCAGGGAAGUCUUCAGGGAAGGCGGUUACUCCACGGGCCAGAAAAAGACACGGACUGUGACUGGCGCAGAUGCAGAGUCGCCCUGGUAUUGCCCCGUUUGCCGAAUGACCUGCUCGAGUGCCAAGAGCCUUCGGCAGCACCUCGAGGGCAAGCGGCAUCUGAAGAUGGUCAGCUCCUUCGGAGCGUUCGGACAGCGGAAGAACCAGAGCAAGAAGCAAAACUUGAAAGAAGCCAUUGGCAAGAAGGCGUGGGCGAAAUUGAAACGGGCGAAGCAGCUGGCAAAGAUGUUGGAGAUGGUGGCCGAGAAAGAGAUUCCGCACGGAUGGCUGGUGGAUUUGUUGUCCUUGGCGGCAGAGCAGGGGGGAGCCAAAGAGUUUGCAGAGGUGUUGAUGGUGGUCCAGAAGGACUCGAAGAAAUUCAGCCUGAGGGACUUUCAUCGGAUCCUGAAGAUUCUGCUCUUGCGGGUGCCCACGCCUUUCAGCUUCGUGCGUUUGCUGCUGAAUUGCGCCGUGCAAAGGCACGAGGACCUGGUCCCACUGCUGCCGCCCACCCUGGGCUUUGGUGCACGGUCUGAGGACCGUGAUGAGGAGGAGAUGGACAAGCUCUUUGGAGGAUGCGCACCGCCCGGCGAGGAGGAGAGCGGCAACUUUGCUUACCUCAUCUUGAAGAAGGUGAACAUUGAGGGGCUCAUGGCCAGAAUGGAAGGCUUUGCGGAGAACUUCGCGGAGUACUAUCCGCACUUCUUGGUCUUGUUGGUUCUUGACUUCAUGGAGGAGCUCUCCCAGGAUCAGAUUCGGCUUUCAAGAGGCAGGGGGAAGAUCUUCUCGGGGAUGUUCACCAUGCCGAGCGACAACGGGAAGAGCUUGAUUUGCUCCAGCAUCCGGCAGUCCGAGGAUCUUGACCUACAGAGGGAGCUGGCACCUGGCGACGGGAUCCUGCUGUGCAAGAGCGGCCAAGAUCCCAGACGUGGGGGCGCAGUGGGAUAUGGGAGGGUUGAAGCGGUGAACUUCACAUUUGGCCGUUGCGAGUUGGUCUUGAACGUGGGUGCGAAGCAAACCGUGCAGGAGCUGAGCCAAAUGCGGGCCUUAGACCUGUACAGCUCCGUGAACCUCAUCGCCUUCGAGCGGCAGCUCGAGGCGCUGGAGCGCGUGAGUAGCAAGGGUAGCAAGGACAAGAAACGCUACCCCCUCUGGGACCUCCUGCCGAUGAGCGGCGUGGGUGGGGAUAUUUUGGAUAGCUGGGCCGCCCGCAUGCGCAGUGCGGUGCAGAAGGAACGCGGCACCAAGACAGACAUAGCGCAGAUGGAGGAGCUGGUCGUGCCAGCCACGGAGGUGAGCGCUGGUGUGGAACGCUUACAACAGCUGGCGGAAGCGAGCCCGCAGCUGCCUUCUUUUCAAGGCCGGCUUUUGCUCAAGGACUUCAACGACCUUUUGGAGGGCCAGGAGUCUUUGUGCGACCCGGAGAUCCAAGAGUCCAUCGGUCGCCUCAAUGAUUCGCAGCAAGACGCGGUGCAGGCUGCGCUGAAUCGGCGUGUCACGGUGAUCCAGGGGCCGCCAGGCACUGGCAAGACGCACGUCUCCUCCGAGGUCUUGCGGAUGUGGGCUUCCAUGGGCUUGAGGCCGGUCUUGGUCACCUCUCACAAUAACAUUGCAGUGGACAACAUCGCCGAGAAGGCGCUGGCGGCUGGGCUGCGCGUGGUCCGGUUGGCGAAGGCGGACUGGAUGAACCCAGUGCUGGAUGGGUGCUCGCUGUGGAAGCUGGUGGACGAGCAAGUCCCUCACACAGAGGAUCGUCAACAACGGUAUUUCGCCCAGAAGCGCAUCCUCGACGAAGCCGACGUCAUCUGCGUCACAACGAUCAGCUCCGCCACACCGAUGCUGUCCGGACGGAGGGUGGCGGCGAUUCUCAUGGAUGAGGCGGCCCAGACCACGGAGCUCUCGGCCCUGGUGCCCAUCGCCAGCGUGAACGCCGAGCGCUUGGUCCUGGUCGGGGAUCAUUGCCAGCUACCGGCCAACAGCUUAUCCUUGGAGGCGGAGAUGCGUGGACUGACUUUGUCCCUCUUCCAGCGUUGGGUCUCGCGAGGGUUGCCCUCCUUCUUCCUGGACACCCAGUUCCGGAUGCACCCCUGCAUUGCAGAGCACAGCAGCAUCCAAUUCUAUGGAGGCAAGCUCCUGAGUGGCGUGUUGCCUGAACACCGUCUCCCACCCAAGGGCUUUGCCUGGCCGCGGGAGCAGGAGGGAGAGGGUGUGGCGCUGCUUGACACGUCCAGGUUGCAGGAACGCUUCGAGAUGCCGGAGAGAGCCUCCUGGUGCAACCCGCGGGAGGCGCGGAUCCUGUGCACGGUUUUGCGUGGCAUUUUGAAGGCUGGCGAGCUGAGCCCUGCGCAGAUCGGGGUGGUGACGCCCUACAUGGGCCAAGUGCGUGAGCUUCGGCGGACGCUGCAGCAGUUCUUCGGCCAGACGAGGGCCCGGGAGCUGCUGGUGGCGUCGGUGGACUCCUACCAAGGCCGAGAGAAGGAGUUGAUCUUGUUUAGCGCGGUGCGCAGCAACUCCGCGAAGAGGGUGGGCUUCCUCGCUGACUGGCGGCGGCUGAACGUGAUGAUCACACGUGCCAGGCGCGGCCUGGUCAUCGUCGGGGACACCCGGACCUUGUGCCACGACCCGGCGUGGGCGAAGUACGUCCGCUGGGCCAAGCGCUCGGGAUACCUCCGAGCCGUGGUGGAAGCCGAUCGGAAUCGCUGGGAAGAGGCCGGGCUCAAAGUGCCCAGAUGA